AUGAACGUAAGUUUACCGGGCGAGAUGAGCAAGAGCUUUUCUAUCUUUCGCAUUCUCGGUGACCUCUCACAUUUCGCCUCUAAAGUAAUAAUUAUUCUCGCAAUUCACCGCAACCAAAGUACCGAAGGAGUUUCCUUGAUCACUCAAGCCCUUUACUGUCUAGUCUUUGUAUCGCGCUAUCUAGACAUCUUUCUAUGGAAUACAAUAUGGAACACAGCACUCAAGUUUUUCUAUGUGCUUAGCUCGCUCUAUAUUCUCUUCUUGAUGUUGCGCGUCUUUUCACGUACGAGGGAAAGAGAGAAGGCAUGGAAACUCGGCGCUGUUUGUUUGGCUGCCAGCGCUGUUGGUGCGCCAAUAAUUAUGUCCAUCUUCACUAGUAGUAUUAAGUGGAGUUGGAGAGAACUCUUUUGGACGUUUUCUAUCAUCCUUGAAUCUAUAUGUAUCCUACCCCAACUGGUCCUUCUUCGACAAACCACCGUCCCUACGGUGAUUGACUCAUACUACCUCCUAACACUUGGAUCAUACCGAGCCUUCUAUAUUCUCAACUGGAUAUGGCGAGAGCUAGAUAUAACAGAUCGUAAACCGGACGCCAUAUCAAUUAUAUUCGGAAUCUUACAGACUGCCUUUUACGUCGAUUUCGCGUGGAUUUACUAUAGCAGGCAGCGCGUAAAGCUGAGACAUGGUGGUAUUGUAGAUGCGGAUGACUUGCACAAUGGCUGGCUACUAAGGACUAUAUUUGGGAAUAAAGUUGUAGCGAGCGACGAGGAAAGCACGCCGACAGGUCGGGACGAAAACAGGUCUAGAUCUCUACCCAAGACAGGGAGUAAAUGGGGCUCUCGAGGUAUAAGCGUAUCUGCAGAUGAAAACUUACUAGACGAUACUGAAGACGGUGAUUUUGAAGAUCAUGAAGAAAGCACGCUAGACGCAGGCUCCGGCAGCAGUGAUUUAGAAAUCGCAGUUGACACACGUAUGAAAGAUCCCGAUGAGAUGGCCAAGAUCUUGGACGAAGAUGGGGACGAAGAUAUUUCAGAUGGUCAUGGCCCCCAGAUAUCACAUCCAGAUAGCUCAGGCGUCUGGCGUGAGGGCAACUCGAGAUUAUAA